AUGCAUCCCCUAGUGAUAUCUUGCCAGUUCCUUCUGUUCAACAAACUAAAAAUAGGAAAGAAUACCGGCCAGGAAAAACAGCCACAAUUACAUAAAAAUGAGCUGGAAAAUUUGAAAAAGUCGGGGAAAACAUUCAAUCCUAAUGAUCCUUGCCACAAAAGAAUUGCUAAAAAUAAACAAAAGAUCAAACAGUCAGACAAAACACAAAAGAGCAAUGAUGAAGAUGCCAUUUGCUUAUAUUGUAAUGAUGUAAACCACAGUUUUUUGACAUCGUCAGAACCUUGGGUAGCCUGCCAGCCAAGUGUAUGA